UAAUUGUUUGAUCGAGUUGAGAUCGGUCUCUCGCGAAGCUCUCUGAACGGGCUUGCGUACGUAUACGCGGUAGAACAAUUCUUGGGAAGUUCCUGGACAUCACUUUUACUGGAGUAGAACAAGGACUUGGUGUUUUGGAAGUGUGAAGAGUGCGUUACAGUGUUACCGAGGGGUGUUACGGUGAAGAUCUUGGAUUAUCCUCAAGUGACUAAGGACUGUUUGGAGAGGACAUUGUGGUGGUGAACCCAAAGGUCGAACCAGUUGACUUGGUGGUGCUUAGUGGUGGCUUCCUUCUUGGCGUGUGAACUCCGCGGCUUGACGCGCAAUGAUGUUGAAACUGCUGAUAGCGGCCUGCCUGGUGACGCACGGGUUAGGCCGACCCGACGUUUCACACAUUUUGAGGCAGAAGCAAACUCGGCAGCAGAGGAACGACAGAUCGUUUCAUCCACUGGACUACCUGGCAAAGUUGGGGAACAGCACGGAGAUUGAGGCACGAAAGGCAUCGGACAAGGAGUUUGAUGUGUUCAAUUACCUUACCGCGUUCAACGGAACUGAGAUCAAUGCCCUUGAUGCCAGAUCACCCACGACGCAACGGAAGAAGGACCCAGCGGUAGGAAACCGGGUUGGUAACGGUAAUAGAACCUUUAGGAACUCGAAACCAUCUCCGUUCAAAAGAAACACAGCAGAACAAGGUUACACUUAUGAAAAGCCAGCAGUCCCACUGCCCAUUAAACCAGUGGAUCCAUUCGAUUUUCCGUUUAAUCCGGAUGCCAACUUGAUCAAACCAGUAUCGACGCAAGCUCCGGAAUACCUACCUCCUUUCGAGCAAGGACCUGAAUCAGUAACUCCUAGCUCUCAACGCCCAUCCAGUACUGAAGCCCCUUACAAAUAUCCAACUCCUCAAACACAACAAACUGGAAUCCCAGUAUCAGUCGUCCAAGAUUCCCAAACUACCUCAACCCAACGGCCAACUCAACGUCCACAAGAAUCAACGCAACGUCCUUCUCAGCAACCGGAAGGUCCUUACGGCUCGAGCGAACCAUCUCCAACUUCAUUCGGAACAACCCAACGACCUGCUUCGAUCUCUGAAGGUCCAUACGGUGGAUCAACCCUUCGACCAUCACAACAACCUGACGGAUCAACGCCACAACCAGCCAACGAGCGUGAAGACAUCUACGGAUCGACGCCAGACAGCUAUGCUCCACAAGGUUCUUCAACAAUUGCACCAUCUACUCAGGACUCUUACCAACCACAAGGAUCAACUCAAAGACCUAGCGAUAGCGACAAUCAAGAAAAACCACAAGACAGCUACGCCCCUCAAGGAUCUACGACCACGGCAUCGCCAUCUUCUCAGGACUCUUACCAACCACAGGGAUCAACUCAGGGACCUAUUGACAGUGGCACUGAAGGACGACCUCAAGACAGUUACGGACCACAGAGCUCAACUGCUUCGCCAGUACCAUCAUCAACCCUAGAAGACUUCAGACCAACCGGAACUACCGACUUUAAUGGCUACCCACAAGUGUCCAGCUUGAGCCCAAUCAGUCAAGCACAGGACGUUCAGCCAACGACUGAGGACGGAACCAAUGGGUACUCUCAAGGACCUUCUAGUACUUCUCAGGGCCCUUCGUCUGCUUCCAGCACUUACAGACCUUCCCCAAGUUCGACAAAUCGUCCUGAGGGUCAGUUAACAACAAAGCCGAACAUUGACCAGGAAGAUCAGAAUGCACCGAUUCUACCUCCAAAUUUGAACGAAGUGAUCGGAGAACCCGUUGACAUCAAUGAGCUUGCAACCACAACUCCAAGCACCACGACGACUCGGAAACCCGACGGAUCUUUCCUUCCACCAAAGCCACUGCCAGAACUAGUCGUUCCCCGUGAACCGAGCACUUCAUCGCGCCCUGAACAAUAUCCAACUACAGCAUCAUCAACUGCAGCAUCCUCUCCCGUCCCAACCAGUGGAUUCGUAGCCUCAACCUCCGCUCCGGAAUAUCUGCCACCUGAUGAGUCGCAGGAUUCUACUACUCCUUUGCAACAACAACCCGACGCACCUUACGGCUCAUCGACUCAACAACCCCAAGGACCAUCUUCGCAGCAACCCCAGGGCGCCUACGGCUCAACCCAAAAACCGUCUCCAAUUUCCCAGCAACCUGAUGGCCCAUACGGAUCCAGCGAACCACCAGCGAGCUCGGUCGGAACUGAAGGACCUUAUGGUGGAUCAACCCUGCGACCAUCUCAACAACCCGAAGACUCGUACGGCUCAACCCAAGGACCUUUCCAAUCCACUUCACAGCCGGAGAGUGAACGAGAAGAUUCGUACGGAUCGACUCAAGGUCCAUACACAUCGCGACCAGAAACGCAGCGUCCAUCUCAGGGUUCUGAGGACUCAUACGGAUCGACUCAGCGACCAUACGGUGAUCAAACCGUCUCAACGCAAUCACCGUUCUCGACCGAUGAAUCUAGCACACCAUACGGAGUCGAUGGAACCAGCACCGUUGCGGGUCAGGAAACAACAACCUUCGGUGGGUAUACAAACGGAGUUCAAGAAACGACUACUGCAUCUUCGUUCAGUACAGGACAGGAUGCCACCACAACUGCUGGUUAUUCAGGAUUCAGCCAAGAAACAACUACCGGAGCAUACACGAGUGCUAGUCAGCAAACUACAACUGGUGGAUAUCCAGGAUUCAGCGAGCAAUCGACUACUUUCAGCGGAUAUCCUGAAGCAUCUUCCACACCAGAUUCAUCUUCUGCUACCGGAUCCCCGACAACUUCAGCUGGGUCUACGUUUGCGCCAGAAUCUUCAACCUAUGAACCCUUCGAUAGCCAACCCGGUCAAUCGUCGUCGGUCAGACCAAACAACGAGCCACUGUACUCGACACCUUCUACCACCGGUCAGCAGCCUGCCGGAAUGGCAGUUUCCACAUCGGCUCCUGAAUAUCUUCCUCCGGAUGCUGGCGACUCUAGCAACCAGUACCGACCAUCGGAUGCUAGCUCGAUAGCUCCUCCGGCACCAACAUCGGAUUCGUAUCAACCAGAACAACCAGGCAGCCGUCCAAGCAACACGACCAGUCAGCAGUAUCCGCAAUCCGGACCUGGAGGUCCACAAAUUCCGAAUACUGCCAAUCAGCAGUACCCGCAGUCUGGACCUGGAGAACAGAAACCGAGUCGGCCAAGCGCACCGUCCGACAACGAAGUUGGUCAGCAGUAUCCACAGUCUGGUCCAAGUGGUCAACAAGGCGCCGAUUAUGAACCCGGACAACUACAGGGCAACCAGCAGUACCCACAGUCCGGACCGGGACAGCAGCAAAAUCAAGACUACAGACCAGAACAACCAAGCCGACCAAGCAUACCAUCCGACAACCAGGUAAGUCAGCAGUACCCACAGACUGGACCAAAUGGUCAACAAGGUUCUGAUUAUGAGCCUGGACAACCACAAUCCGGACCUGGUCAGCAGCCAACCCAGGGUUAUCAACCAGAGCAGCCGAGUCGACCAAGUGCGCCCUCGGAUAACCAGGUCAAUCAGCAGUACCCUCAAUCCGGACCAGAGCAACAGCAAAACCAGGACUACCGACCUGAACAACCAAGCCGACCAAGCGCUCCAUCCGAUAACCAGGUCGAUCAACAGUACCCGCAAUCUGGACCAACGGGUCAACAAGGCUCGGAUUACGAACCUGGACAACCACAGGAUAAUCAGCAGUACCCGCAAUCCGGACCUGGACAGCAGUCAAAUCAGGGCUACCAACCAGAGCAACCAACUCGACCAAGCGCACCCUCAGAUAACCAAGUAAGUCAGCAAUACCCUCAAUCCGGGCCUGGGCAACAGCAAAACCAAGACUACCCAAGCCGGCCAAGCGCACCUUCCGACAACCAGAUAGGCCAACAGUACCCUCAGUCCGGACCAACGGGUCAACAAGGUGCAGAUUAUAAACCUGGACAACCACAGGGUAACCAACAGUACCCACAAACCGGACUUGGACAACAGCAAAACCAGAGUUACCGACCAGAACAACCGAGCAGACCAAGUGCGCCCUCAGAUAACCAGGUCAAUCAGCAAUACCCUCAGUCUGGACCAGGUCAACAGCAAAAUCAAGACUACCGACCUGAACAACCCAGUGGACCAAGCGCCCCUUCCAACAACCAGUACCCACAGUCUGGACCAUCGGGUCAACAGGGUCCAGAUUAUGAACCCGGACAACCACAAGACAAUCAGCAAUAUCCACAAUCUGGACCUGGUCAGCAGUCAAGCGGACCAGACGCCGAUAAUCAAAUCAGCCAGCAGUACCCACAAUCGGGACCCUCCGACAGUCAGAGUUCACAGCCAGGAUCGCCAUACCCGUCGCAAUCCCCACCGGAAGAUAUGACCAUUGCAGCCGACAUCAACAACGAGUUCGGACCAAACAACGGAUACCUGCCGCCAUAUCCGGUGGACAACGCGGGCCUUCGAAUUGUCGUGGAAGACAACUCGCCACGGUCCGAGUCGGAAGCGGAGGAGUCCGCGCUGCAGCCACGUGUGGCCUCGGCUGCCCCGGCUGACGGGUACAACUACAAGGUUCCAGAGGACAAACUACCUCCGACGAUAGUGGUUCCCUCGCAUACGCUCGAUGACCAGGGCUACCAUUACAUGAUUCCUAACGUACCCUUCCUCUCGUAGGGGGUCGGUAAUACCUUGGGUAGAUCUAGGUCGGUAAGCACUAACCACUAACUCAAGACUCGUAGUAGAGACGCAGCAUGGUUUUGAAAUCUUGUUAAGUUUUCGCACAUUGGUUCGUACUUUUGACAGGUCGUGUCCAGUGUUGCCAGUUCUUGGAUCCCUUUUGACGAGGGGUGACGUUAAAUCAUAUUCCGUGAGUCGUCUUUAAUGUUAGUCUACGUCCCAAUUUCCAUUCAUUAGCUUAUAAAACGCAUUUAUACGCAAAAUCUUUCAUUUUUCUACCAAAGUUUGGAUGCCACAGCAAAGAAAAAGGAAAAGAGAACGCGACUUCAUCGAGACCGACGGCGACGACGACGACGACCAACUUAGACCGACUGACCAAGUUAGCGCCACAUAAUUUAUUUAUUUUGUUUUCAUCGCCAAUAUUUUUCCAGCCAUUUUUUCCCAUGACUUGAUCGCGGCGGGGGUUGCGCGGGUGCAGUGUUGCCAGCGUUGGGGGAGGGUGAAUCCACAAAACUAUCUCUAAGUACUUCCACUUAUGUAACACAACUGCACUUCAACAAUCUUGAAACAAUCGAUUUCGGCGGCAAUUUCAGCGCUGGAUAUUGCAAUAUCUAGCUUCUGUUGCUAAAGUUGUGGCAGUUUAGUUUGGUUAGGGGCAAGACGAUCGAACUGCACGAUCGUCAACCCCAGAAUGGCACUCUCGACGACGGCUUCCAAGAUCUGGUUAUUCUGGCUGAUCUUUGCGCAACGGGGAAUGGGAUAAAGAAAGAGUGAGAGCUCCGACGAAUCGCGUGAACAUUAUGGUUAUGUUUAAAAGUAUUAUGAAUUCGUUAGGAGCCCGAUUAGUGGAUGGUCCCGCCGGGGAGGUUAGGUAGAGUGCGGUGUGUUGGAUGGAAGAUUUUGUAGUGAAAUAGUAUUCUUAAAUUUCUACUCUUACGCUUUUGGCUUUAAAAUCACUUGGUUUAUAAUGUUUAAAUCACUUUCAAAAAUCUGCUGUGAUAAAUGUAACAACGAAUUUAUUUCAACUUCUUUUAGGUUAGGUAUUUAGUUGUUUAAUAUGGCACCAUCAAUUACAAAGCUGCACGAAUGAAGUUGUAAUACAGUGCUGAUAUUAUUAUCUGCAGUUUUGUAUUGUUUAACUCAAAUCAUGUUCAUUUUUUUACUUUCAUGCUUCAGCAAACCAAAAAAGUAAGAAACAUACUAACAGUGGAAUCAUUUUUUUGAACAUAGUUUAACCAUUCAUUAGUAUCUAUUUGUAUCAAAAUUUCUAAGGUUAACAUAGGUAAUAUAAGAGUUUUUCAAAAAAUAGAUCACCUGAUUUUUCUUGGAAUAAAAUAUAAAUAAAUAAUUGCAAAUCUUUCCAGUAAAACAAGAUUCAAAAAUUGUUGACUUUUGAUGAUUAAAACCAAACUAGUUUUCCAUCCUUUCUUCUCCCAAAACAACAUUUCCAUCCGACCUGCCGCGUUUUCCGUCCAAGUCGCCACACUAAACCUGCUGGCCAAGAGUUUGCUUUCUUCUACAACACAGGGGCCUCAUGGUACCAUCAUCUGGCCGCAGGCUCUCUUCGUGAGAGAGCGACCCCAACCGACCAGCUUGUCUACGAGUCUAACUCCCUAAGACCCUUGAUCUGGAGGCCAUCAGCACCAACCGCUCCAUGCAACAGCUACAAGAAAACACUUUUCACGACUUGGUCCGUGUAGUUAUUCGUGUUUACAGGCUUGUAAAUAAUUAUAUCGAUUAAGUCGUCGUUUAUAACACUCAUAACAGAGUUUGCCUUUUUUGCCAUUUCUGAAUGUUUGUUUUUCGUGAGACUACCUUGCGCCAUCAAACGAACGCACCACGCAAGCCGUUUUCAGCGCGACUGCGACCGUAUCUUCAUCAGUCCUAAAUAUGGACCAUCACUAAAGUGGCCACUGGUCACCGCCACCCACCCACGCAUCACGCCGCGCAGAUUGCAACCCAAAAGAUGCACUUGGCUUCAAGUGACACGUGAAAUGAAGAAGUCAUUCCCUAACCUUAAAAACGCGCCAUCAAAUCAUCAUCCUAACCUCAAAACAAUCCUAUAAACGUGUAUAAACACGCACGCACACAUUUUUAACGAGCGAUUAUUUAAAAGAAGUGAAGAAGUUAAAAUGAAGAUGUUAAGUGAAACAGAGGGUAGAAAUAUACUUCAAAACGUAUCAUUAUGACAA